AUGCUAAGACUUCUGCUGAGCGCGUUCCUCCCCUGCCUGAGCUUAUCUGCCCCGUCUCAUAUUAACAAACUCGCCCUGUUUCCGGAUAAGAACGCCUGGUGCGAGGCCAAGAACAUCACCCAAAUUAUCGGACACCACGGAUGCAAUUCUAAAUCCAUCCAAAACAGAGCCUGCAUGGGCCAGUGCUUCAGCUACAGCGUCCCCAACACUUUGCCGCAGUCGACGGAGUCCCUGGUGCACUGCGACUCCUGCAUGCCCUCGAACAUCAAGUGGGAUGUUGUCUCGCUGGACUGCCCCCAAAACGGAUACAUGUCCAAGGUGGAAAAACUGGUGGAAAAAAUCUUGCACUGCAGCUGCCAGGCGUGUGCGAUGGUCCAUCCCUCCUCGAACAUCGAAGAGCUUCCCCAUCAAGAAGCCUCCAACCCUUCCGCCUUCAGGCACCUCUUCGAAGGCGAGGCCGCCAAGCCCCAGCCCCCCUCCCAAAAUGACUGACCUUUCACCGGGAGCUCCCACCUCCUCCAUUUUUCUCCCCGCUUCUCCCUCUCUCCCUCUCUUUUUCUUUCCUCUCUCAAACCUCCAGCCUGUUCUGAUGUGGAGAAAAAGGGAAAACGAGGCGCAGAAUUCGGGGAGCCCUUUUGCCAUCCGGGAGAGAACAGGAAGCUGGGCUUGGGGGCGGGGGAAGCGACAACAUCUGGAUUUGGGAUCGGAAGGAUGAAGGCUCACUGGAGAACCAGAACCCCUUUUCCUGCCAAGAUGGAGUCACCGUUGUGAGCUUGCAAAGGGAGCAGUUUUUUUAAUUCCCUGGUGGAGAUUCUGUCGGUUCCAGAUUUAGGGAUGAUGAAGUGGAAGGUUGCCGACAGGAAGAAAGGGCAUCCUCCUUCCCUUUGCUCUGAGAUCCUUGCUCAAAAUCGGGCUGAAAGAAACAUGGAUUUUCUUGCUGUGUCCCUUGGGGUGCCCCCUAGGACCAUGGGAAGGGACUUUCCCCCUAUAUGUAUAUAGAUAUAGAUGUAUACCAGACUGAGAAGAACCUUGUUCAGCAGUAUUAUGAGAACAGAGCGCACCCUUGUUUAAACUUUCUUCUCUGUGGUAGCUGGGCUGAGAUGAUGAAGAAGAAGGGCCGUGAAUAAGAAACCACUGUAACCCCAGUUUAAAUCCUAGGACAAUCUUACUUCUGAAGCUUUCUUCAUGGCCUCUGCUAGCAUGGAACAUCUUGAAUGUAUGUUUUGAAAGGCAAUAUCCAAGCCAGAUUUGUGAUCCUCAGGGGUCGUGGGCCUCAGUUUCUAUCACACCAGCCAGGAAGGCUCUGGGAUGGGAGUUGUAGUCCAGAAUUUAUGGAGGACGCUAUCCAAGUCAUCUACCCAUGCUUUUGGCCUUGAUCUCAUGGUGCCCAGAUAAUGCCUCCCCUUUUUCUCACUCAAGAGGUUGUCACAACUCCCGUCCGCCAGCGUGCAGGACACGAUCUGUACAGCGCACACAGAACCUACUCGAGAAAGCGUGU